CACAGAGUGAGACACAGCGCUUCAGAUCUGAGUCGCUGCCUGCUGCCUAAUAUCGAUGAGGAUUUGGACAGACUCUGCGCUCAACCUCUCCUUUCUAUCGGGAGUCUUUUUUAAUCUUUUAAGCGUCUUUUCAAUAUAAUGUCGUGACUGAGGACGCGCAGCUGGUUUAGGACUGUGGGUUCAGCUUGUAGAAAGAGUGAAAGCACCUUGCAUCCAGCCAUGGGAGGUCAAAUCACCAGAAAUACCUUCUACGAUUCUCUAAAUGGGCCAUUUCCUCCAGCAUCCCACCAAUUUCAUCAGAAACCAAAGCGCUACUUGGCAAUCCAGCCAUGUGGAAAUUUGUCCUCCUUUCCUCUGCUGUUCCACCCCAGCACCAAAGGCUCGCAGAUUAUUAUGGACCUGUCACAGAGAGUUGUCAAGAGACAAGCCAGCUUCUGCAAUGCUAUCACCUUCACCAACAGGCCCAUCGCUGUUUAUGAACAAGUUCGGCUGAAGAUCACUAAAAAGCAAUGCUGUUGGAGUGGAGCCCUACGUCUGGGUUUUACAUCUAAAGACCCAUCAAGGAUUAAUCCAGACAACUUGCCCAAGUAUGCCUGCCCUGACCUCGUCUCUCAAAAUGGCUUCUGGGCAAAAGCACUGCCAGAGGAGCUAUCUAAUGAGGGGAAUGUCAUAUCUUUCUGGGUUGAUAAGAAGGGCAGAGUGUUUUACCGUAUCAACAACUCCAACCCCAUGAUGUUCUUCAGUGGUGUGCGUGUUGCUGAUCCUCUUUGGGCUCUCAUUGAUGUCUAUGGCUUAACCAGAGGAGUCCAACUGCUUGCGGGAAGCAAGCUAUCUCAUGAUGGACUGUUUGGUAUCGGCUCCUGGAGUGAGACUAUCUCGGGUUCACUGGCCUCAUGGUGCUACACAGCCCAUGAGGCCA